AUGGAACCAGAAUUUGAGUGCCUGAUUGGCUAUCAGUUUCAGCAUCGAGACUUGAUGGAGGAGGCUUUAGAAGAGGCCGAACCAGAAACCGCAGGAAACGAGCGGUUAGCCUUGUUAGGAGACAAGGUUUUAGCGCUUAUGCUGCUUCAACGUUGGUACGGUGAAGGUAACACUACAGAGCAAGGGACAAAUCUGCUGCAGGCUUACGCCUGCAAUAGGCAGGUGACCUCUAGAGCUAGAGCUCUGGACUUACAGAAGUUCAUCCACAAAAGACUUGACCUAGAGAGAAGCGUGCCAGAUCAUGCACUAGCUUCCACGGUGGAGGCAAUUCUUGGUGCUGUUUGGCUUGAUUCCGAGGAAAAGAUAAAGAGGGUGAACGACGUCAUGGAGAAAAUCAGCUUGUAUCCGUCUAAUAUCUGCGAUGCGACCUGA